AUGCCUCCCAAGAGAAACACAAAGAAUAUGAAUUCAAAUGAUGAAGAAGACGAGGAAGUCCAGCCAACUGGUCAAGCCGGAUCUCAUACAGCAGGAGCUUCUUUCCCGUCGGAUGCUCCAUUUAUGCAAAUACUUGAAUCCAUUAGUGGUGAAGAACAUUUUUCUACGGUGCAGCACAUUGCGAGGUUCACAGCACAAUGUGGUGAAGCAGGCCUUAGUCCUUGGUUGAGGAUGAGGUUAUUUUCUAGCUCUCUUGCUGGGGCGGCAUUUGAAUGGUAUAGCAAUUUACUAGCCAACUCUAUUCAGACAUGGGACGAAAUGGAUGAGGUUUUUCAUACUCAAUUCUACCAAACAGAGACAGAAGCUAUGCUGGAAAAUAUAUCACGUUUAACUCAGUUGCCGAGCGAAUCGAGGUUUGAUGGGGUUGAGUUUCAAGAUCUCUGCGAUUUAGCAGACAGGGCCUCUCAGUAUGAGGAAAUACUAAAAGAAGAGAAGGAAAUGAAGAAUUCUUCUAAGGGUACUUGGUACAAGGACCCUAAUUAUGAGAUAUUCUCGGCAGAAGUUGGAGAUGAAUUAGAAGUUGACGUUGCAGAAGUCAAUAUCAAAAAGCUAUACGUUUGUGAGGCAUUGGUUAAACCUAAACCAACCACGGGGGGCAAUUCAUCAACAUCAACAUUGGCAGCAAGGAAAGGUCCUGCCGAUACCGGUAAAAGUUAUUCUUUCAACUUGUCAAAGACAGAUCAAAUCUUUGAUCACUUGAUGGCCGAUAAAAUGAUAUCUUUGCCUAAAGGGCAUAGGAUUCUAUCGGCAAGUGACUUGAAAGGAAAAGAGUAUUGUAAGUAUCAUAACUCUUGGAACUAUGCUACUAAUGAUUACUAUUCUACGAGGUGUGUUGUAGAAAGCUAUUGA